GAGAAAAAGUCGAAAGAUAAAACAUAUAUCUGACACACGCCAUUCGAACUUUUCAACAGUAUCAGUCGAUUUUCAACUUCCGGCAGUCAUGGGCUUCUGUAUGAGUAAAAAACUGUCUCGCGACAUUACCACGAAUAAAACUGUCAAAACCAAAAGUUCAACGAUGCCUAUCGAUUUCUACUAUUUACCACUGAGCCCACCGUGUCGAGCAGCGAUGCUGCUGGCCAAGGCCGUCGGUGUCCAUUUGAACUUAAAAACAGUUGACGUAUUAAAGGGAGAGCAAAUGUCACCGGAAUUUUUAAAGAUAAAUCCUCAACAUACAAUACCAACCCUUAAUGACAAUGGUUUCGUAUUAUGGGAAAGCCGUUGCAUUAUGGGUUAUCUCGUGGACAAAUAUGCCAAGGAUGAUUCGUUAUAUCCAAAAGAUCCACGCGCACGCGCAAUCGUAGAUCAACGAUUGUACUUCGACAUUGGAACUCUAAACGAAUCACUCACGAAAUGUUACUAUCCAGUUUUAACGGGGAAAACCAAAGUUAUCGACGAGGAAAAUAUAAAGGAUUUGGAGAAUGCCUUCGAGACUCUCGACAUGUUUCUGGAUGGCAGACGGUUUGCCGCCUCUGUCAAUUUGACGAUCGCUGACUUCAGCAUCGUGGUAACAGUCAGCACAGCGGAAAGUUUUGGUUUUGACGUCGGUCGAUACGACAACGUUGCGGCCUGGUAUGAAAAUUGUAAAAAAGCUCUCGAGCGAUUCGACUACGAGGAGAUCAAUGCGAAGAGUGCGAAAAAGUUUGGCGACAUCUACAAGAGUCGGCUGGAGAAAAUGCCCAUCGACCUAUAUCACGUACCCGGAAGUGCACCAUGUCGGACUGUAAGACUGGUGGCUGCUGCUGUGGGCGUCGACUUGAACCUGAAGUUCCUGGAUUUGAUGAACGGCGAGCACCUAAAGCCUGAAUUUAUCAAGAUGAAUCCGCAGCACACAAUUCCUACGAUAGACGACAAUGGCUUUUAUCUUUGGGAAAGCCGAGCGAUUUUGGGCUAUUUGGUCGACCAAUAUGGCAAGGAUGACUCACUCUAUCCAAAGGACCCUAAGAAGCGUGCAAUGGUAAAUCAAAGACUGUUCUUUGAUAUAGGCACCCUGUACCAGGUUAUCGUCGAUGCUAUUUACCCCACGAUUUUCGGUGGUGCACCAAAGGAUUCUGCUCUGUCUCAAAAGAUCGACAAACCCAUGGAAUUCCUGGAAAUAUUUUUGGAAGGCCAAAAUUAUGUUGCUGGAGACAAAUUGACUAUUGCAGAUAUUGCGCUGAUUGUCACUGUUUCAAAUUUCGAAGUAGUCAAUUACGAUUACAACAAAUUCAAAAACAUCAGCCGUUGGUUCGCCAGAGUCAAGGCUGAGAUUCCAAAGUAUGAAGAGAUCAAUGGCGAAGGCUUGAGAGCAUUCAAAGCACUUGCCGAGAGUUUAUCCAAGAAGAUCAUGAAUUUGGAUUUUUAUUACGCCCCUACCAGCUCACCUUGCCGUGCCGUUAUGCUGACUGCUGAAGCCAUCGGAGUGACUUUGAAUUUAAAGAGCAUUGAUGUGAUGGCUGGGGAACACCUUAAUUCGAAAUACGAGCAAAUAAAUCCACAAAAAACUGUUCCAUGUUUGGUGGACGGUGAUUUGACAUUGACAGAAAGUCGUGCUAUAAUGGCAUAUUUGGUCGACCAGUAUGGAAAAAAUACCAGACUCUAUCCGAAAAUGGUAAACAGUCGUGCGUUAGUCAAUCAAAGACUGUAUUUUGAUAUUGGUACGUUUCACAAAGCAAUGGCAGCUUGUUACUAUCCGAUAUUAUUUGGAAAAUGGAAAACGUAUCAGUCCGAGCAUUACGACAAUUUGAAAAAGGCUUUUGAAAUUUUGGAUAAAUUUCUCGAGGGUCAGGAUUACGUAGCAGGACGCAGCUUAACGAUAGCUGAUCUUUCUUUAGUGGCAUCCGUUACCACUGCAGAGGCUUUCGGUUUUGAUUUUGCAAAAUUCAGAAACGUCACAAGAUGGUUGAAGAAGGUGAAGACCUUUGCUCCUGGAUACCGCAAGGCUAAUGGAGAAGGAGCCGAAUCAAUGAAGAAGCUGAUCGAACGAGUCAUGACACAAAUAGACGAGUUAUAGCCACUAGCGGUUCUGCGCAUUUGGACGGUCAAUUCACUGGACCGUCUCUACUCUGAUUGGCUGACCACUCGCUGCCGCUAUGUUCUUAUGUUUUAACCGUCACAUCGCUUGUUUCCGAACUAGAUUUGACGUUCGUCGUUCGUCGCGACAGGCAACUUGCAUCACGUGCAAUAAAAGGAUCUAAAAUUA